AUGGGGGUAGGUUUUUAAUUAGAAAUCGAGUUUUUAAAGGAAACAAGCACGAAACUAAUUCGUAACAUCAACAAUAACAACAACAAUAAAAAAAUGAGAUUCUCAAUUUGCCUUUUACUUGCUUUAGUAUUAUGUGCCUCCUUUACUUAUGCUCAAAAUUCUAACUAGACAUAUUAAAAAAAAAGUCCAGUCAGUCUCAAGGGUCCAAAUGCAAUUCCUGUUAAGUGCUCACUCACUAAAAAUGAAUGCGGAUGCUGGUCCUGUUCCGCUGGAUAUUUAACAUCAUGCGUUUACGACUUCAGUAAAAGUGGAUGCUGA